CGCUUGUAUAUGUAUUGAUGGAUUGUUUACGUUUUGCAUGGUCAAUAUUUGGUGGAGAUCAAUUUGGGUGAAUAUUUUAGUUUAUAUGAGAAGUUUAUUAGCACCCGAUUUAAAAUGGAAAUUUUCCUUCGAGAACUUGAAGCGUUCGCCAAACGCGGAAAACUAACUGUCAGUUUUCUUCGUCGAUUCUUCUUCCACCUAGCUGUCAAAACGGGCUUAUAACUUGACCUGAUAUCUUUACGGUCCUUGCCCUAGCGACUCUCGCAGAAAAGUUGUUGAGUAGAAACAGUGUGACAUCAAAGCUUGAAUAUGAGAAGCAACGCUUGUACCUAACUAACAUUACAAAACUGAAUCAUAAGCUCAUUGGGCAUAAAAAUGCCUUACGCUAACCAACCAUCAGUUACAAUCUCGGAGCUAACCGACGAAAAUGUAAAAUUUAUCGUUGAAGACACAGAAUUAAGUGUGGCCAAUAGUUUACGGCGAGUAUUUAUUGCGGAAACGCCGACGCUUGCGAUCGAUUGGGUGCAGCUGGAGUCUAAUACAACUGUUCUAGCCGAUGAAUUUCUUGCUCAUCGCGUUGGGUUAAUACCGCUCAUUUCAGAUGAAGUGGUAGAUCGUAUGCAAUACAGCCGUGAUUGCCCGUGCUUGGACUUCUGUAACGAGUGCAGUGUGGAAUUCACUUUGGACGUAAAAUGCAACGAGGAGCACACUCGACAUGUUACAACAGCUGAUCUGAAAUCAAGUGACCCUAGGGUAUUGCCAGUUACAUCCAGACAUAGAGACGAUGAAGACAACGAAUACGGAGAAGGAACGGAUGAAAUACUUAUCAUUAAGCUUCGCAAAGGACAGGAGUUAAAGCUAAAAGCUUAUGCCAAAAAAGGCUUCGGGAAAGAACAUGCGAAAUGGAAUCCUACAUGUGGUGUUAGCUUUGAAUACGAUCCAGAUAAUGCAAUGAGACAUACUCUAUACCCAAAACCUGAUGAAUGGCCGAAAUCAGAACAUACCGAAUUGGACGAUGACAAAUACGAAGCUGACUAUAACUGGGAGUUGAAGCCAAACAAAUUCUUCUUUAAUGUCGAGUCUUCUGGUGCCCUCAAACCAGAAAAUAUUGUGCUGAUGGGAGUUCAAGUUUUGAAGAACAAGUUGUCAAAUUUGCAGACUCAAUUAAGCCAUGAGACAGACGUUUUGGCUAUUUGAAUCGUAGACGAUUUCAUGCUAUAUAGAAUAAUUUAAUAAAAUAAGCUAUGUUACAAACAUUACAA